AAUCAUCACGCCCCACCCAACUCUUUCUUCAAUGUCUCCCCUUGGCCCUUCCUUCCAUCUCGUCCCCCUACCCUUGCCUCAUUCGUCCUCUUCUCUCCCUGUUUCCUUCUUCUCUUUUUUGUUGUUUUCUUCUUGCUUUUCGGUAAGUUAAAUAACUGAUUUCUGAAUGCUUUUGGGAGAAUUCUCCUCUCCUGUCGAGGAGCUGUACAGUUCUUAUUAAGAUCUGCUUGGAGCAAUUUGCACCAGAAAUUGACGGAAACGAUGAACCACUGUGCGAUCCAGCAGAGCGCUUUCUCGGCCCAUGAAGAAUUCCGGAGCUCCUCCAUUUCGGUCCCAAUCGCAGAGAGGAGAGAAAACGUAAUCUGUCCCAAACCUCGCCGUUUCGGUCUCUUCAGUGCCACCGCCAUUAACGACCACCACCCCACCAGAUCCCUCCGAUGGCAACUCAGCCACCAGGUGGAGCUCUGUGACUCGAAAGCAGGGACUGAUCUUUUGGACAUCAUCCUGUCAAAGGGUGGUGGUUGUGGUGUGGAACAUGCUCCGCCACAGGUAGCCUCGUCGCCCCCAUUUUUUAGCGGGUCACCGCCGAGCAGAGUAGCUAACCCAUUGAUUCAGGACGCCCGAUUCGGGGAUGAAAAGUUCAUCCCACCGUCGCCGCUGUCUCCGGUUGCGAUCCCAUCGGUUUUAUCAUCAUCCCCGUCGCCUUCCUCAGCCACGGCCACAAGGAAAGGAGGAGGUUUUGUUCGGUCCAAUUUUGGUGACAAGCCGGCGGUUAGGAUUGAGGGGUUCGAUUGCCUCGACAGGGAUCGGCGAAAUUGCAGCAUCCCUGCUCUUGCUUAGAACGCCACAGCUUAAAAUCGACAGUACAUAGCAGCAGCAGCAGCAAAAUCAGAGUUUUAACACAAAGGUUAAUUGCGUGAGAUGAGUUUUGAGAUUCUCAUAGAGGGAAAGAGGGAAAUCCCACUUUUCUUUGGAUGUAAAUAUGUUUGUUGGUGAAAGAACCCUAUGUAAAUUGUAGGCAGAUUAUGUUAAAACCAAAUAAAGGAACAGAUGUUCUUAGGUUAAUCGAGGGUGUUGUUUUGUGUUGCGCAAACCUCUUACCACCGCCCUCUCUUGUAUGUAAAAGCCGAAGUUUGUAAGAAAGGAUGGAUCUGUUCUCUA